AUGGGUUAUAAUAUCGUCUCUGCUACUUAUCACUUUGCUGCCAAUAAAAUGUUUGUUGCUUUUGAUGAAGGCUUUGGUCAACAAAGAGUUUGUGCUGCUUGUGGUACUUAUGUUGAAGUUGAUUUAUCACCAUGGUUUGGUUUAAAUAAUUAA